GCUCACUUCCGGUCCAGGCCUCUCCCGGCGUCACUUCCGGCGCGCGAGCACCCGCCUGGGACGUCGUAGACCGGAAGUGGAUUCCUGAGGUAAACGUUCAGAGAGGCCGAGGCGGGACCAAAGUGGGACUAAAGCGGGCCUUUUUUUUACUAGAUAGUUUUGAAACCCAAAGCCUUCCGCGAUGGAUUUCCAGCACCGACCCGGAGGGAAAACCGGCAGCGGCGGGGUCGCCUCUGCUUCGGAGAGCAACCGAGACCGCAGGGAGCGACUGAGGCAGCUGGCCUUGGAAACCAUCGAUAUCAACAAGGAUCCCUAUUUUAUGAAAAACCACUUGGGCUCUUAUGAAUGCAAGCUUUGCCUGACGCUGCACAACAAUGAGGGAAGCUACUUGGCACACACUCAGGGGAAGAAGCAUCAGACCAACCUAGCCCGGCGAGCUGCCAAAGAGGCCAAGGAAGCCCCGGCCCAGCCUGCCCCCGAAAAAGUGAAGGUGGAAGUCAAGAAGUUUGUGAAGAUCGGGCGGCCGGGUUACAAAGUGACCAAACAGAGAGAUCCAGAGAUGGGGCAGCAAAGCCUGCUUUUCCAGAUUGAUUACCCGGAAAUUGCGGAGAGCAUCAUGCCGAGGCACCGGUUCAUGUCGGCCUACGAGCAGCGCAUCGAGCCCCCCGACCGGCGCUGGCAGUACCUCCUCAUGGCCGCCGAGCCCUACGAGACCAUCGCUUUCAAGGUCCCCAGCCGGGAGAUUGACAAGGCCGAGGGGAAGUUCUGGACCCACUGGAACCGAGAAACCAAACAGUUCUUCCUCCAGUUCCAUUUCAAGAUGGAGAAGCCCCCCGCGCCCCAAAGCCUCCCCGCCGGACCGGCCACCGUGAAGCGCCCGCCGCCCCCGCCGCUCAUGAACGGCCUGCCCCCCCGCCCGCCACUCCCGGAGUCCCUGCCCCCGCCCCCGCCGCCCCCUCCCCCCGCCGGCCUGGCCCUGCCCCCCAUGCCGCCCCCCGCCGGGCCCGUCCCCUUGCCCCCCGGACCCCCACAACUGCCCCCGGCCCCGGGGGUCCCCCCGCCCAGCUCCAUGCCCCCCAUGCUGAGGCCCCCGCUCCCCACCGAGGGGCCCGGGAGCAUCCCCCCACCGCCCCCCACCGGCUGAAGACAUCUCCUCCGUUCUCUCUGUUUUUUUCUCCACCCUUUUGUUACACCAGGGACUUUUCGCUCCCAUUAAAAAUCCCAAAUCGUUAAGAA